AUGCUAUCCAAGAAGCACCCAGAAAUUCGCUGGCCACUGGUCGCGGCAAGUCUCAGAACUCGCGGACUUCCAAAGCCAAAUGAGCUUCUGUAUUCGCAAGUCCCAGAGGGUAGAGAUGACGACCUCGGUCCAGAGUACGAAGCACCAUUCGUGGGCGGUCUCGGCCCAGAGGUAAAUGAAUAUGUCCUGGUGUCACUCUUCCAAGCUAGAUUUACCUCUUGCAAGGGGAGUGAGACCAAGACUUAUUCAUUGACUUCUGGACUUGCCGGGUCACAAGACGUGUUAGUUUAG